AUGACUUCAAGGAUGAGUGAGCGACUGUUCAAGUAUCCUCCCAUGGAGCGCCAGGAUCUCAAUCAGUCUCAGCUCGGGAGCUUCAAGUUCACCCCGGUCGACCCCGUGGACCUCAAAUCCCUCACACAGUCCGCGAAUCAAUUCCUUGAGCAGCAGUUUUUCCAGAGACAGAGACUAUCUGUAGCGUCAGCUUCUUCAACAGGGGCUUUUCAAGACAGUGCCAGCACGUUGUCCUCUGAUAGAGGGGCCCAUCAGCCAAACCAAUAUGCAAUCGAUACCGAAUUUUUCAACAAACACAUCAAGCCCGAUCUUGGAGAUUCUCGUCUGCGCCUGGGUCCUGCAGCCCUCCGAUCCGCUGUCGACGGAGCCAGCCCAGCAAAGAAACAGUCGUUGAUCCACGUCCAGCCGGAGCCUGACCUCUCCGUGAAAUAUCAUCGUCCGAGCAAUUCUAUUAACGUGACCUCUCCCCAAUACCCGGCAGCCAUCAUGGAUCCGACAGCUGCCACUUUCAUGCCUACAGCCGAUGCCCUCAGCCCAGCCGUUUCUGACCCUGUUUCGAUCAGCGAGACCUUGUGCAAUGCUCUUGCAAACGAACAGCGUACCCAUAAUAUUACAAAGGCGACCCUGGCACAACACAUCACACGAUGCAUUGAGCUGGAGGAUCAACUGAGGAAAAGUAAGCAACAAAUUGCGAGCAUGACCGUCACGAUCAAAAGUCUCGGUGCCAUAAUCAAACACAACACCAGCAAGCAGAACUCCGAGCAGGAUGGGUCACAUACCACACUGGGUUAUUCCGAGGAAGCUGAAGAAGUUGCUUUACGGGAUUUUUAUCGUGAAUAUAACAGGCUCAGGGGAGCAGCCCAGAAGGGAGAAGAAGGGACGGGCAAGGGAAAGGAGCUUGACAACAACGAUUCACGUCAGGAGAAUGAUCCAACAAAGCAGGAAGCGGUUGAAGUCGUCGAUGAUGCCCAGCUUUACAACCUCGACCUGCUUGUGAAACCAGACGCUGGCGAUUCUGCCGAAUCCGUCUUGCGUCGAACCCUGCGCAAACACUUCUCCCUCGACAGCAGUGCAGAUGACGGUAAAGCACCGGAGACUCCUCAAAAUAAACGUGACACUCUCACCAGGCUGGUUGAUAUUUCCCCUGAAUCAGGCGCUGGUAGCAAGGACGCCAUGCGGGCAAAAGGACACGUCCCAGUGACCAACGGCAACGGAAGCCUUACUCGGACCCAGAUUCGACCAUCGGUGAGUGGGCAGAUCUAUAACCGCUCACUCCCUGUGUCUGUCACCUGGCGCGUAUCACUGACCGUCACUCAGAGCAGCGAAGUUGUCGCUAAGAGCGGCCACCAGAAUGUUUCUCUCAUCCAGUGUAACGGUGCUGAUCUCGAAAUGGAGCACAUUGGGAACCUUGACGCUCUGGGCCGCUCCGAGGACGCAGUGAAGCCUCCACAAGAUGUGAAGGACGGCGGACUCAGUCCGAUCUCCUCAGCAAAUGAUGAAGAUGGAAGGUCGACCACUGCAGUUGUUUCUCCCACCAACCAGCCCAGGAAAGAACGCAUCACACUCAAGAUCGGCAGUAAUCUUUACGGAGAAACGAAAUGGCUCAUCAACAAAGACUACCCCAUCUUCGAGACUGGGGAGGAGAAGUUCGAGGCCGUCGGCGGGAACGGAACUGCUUUCCAUCGCAACAGCCCCUUCCCGAACCAUCCAGUUCGCUACCUGCCUGAGGAUGCAGCCAGCACCAUCGAUGCCUAUCGCACCGUCAUGAUCGACGAGAUUCCAGCCGGAAGCACCAUGCUCGACGUGCUCAAUAUUGUCAAGGGUGGCUCCGUGGAGUCUAUACAGUUGUUCCCACCCAUCGGCAACGCGACCUCUUUCAUGACAGCUCGAGUCGUAUUCGUAUUCGAACGGUCUGCGCACAACAUGAUUAAGCACCAAGAGGCCAAAUCCAAGGAGGAUGCCGGUGCAAGGCGAUUCAAGAUCAAAGAUGUCGUCGUUCGCUGCUGGAUGCCCACCGACCCAACUUAUCCACGCAACUACGAAGUCGACCACGAGAUCUUUGGCGACAAUCAAGCUACGCGAAUCAUUUUCGUUGAUAAAGUCGACGAGUACGUCUACAACCUGCUACCGUACAAGAUCAGGUCUCCCUACGAUCAACAUGUUAUUGAGUACAGCUACACCGUGGAGGGCAGUGCUUCAAUCGAGUUCAGCGACAUCAAGAGUGCGAUCAAAGUAAAGGCCAUUCUGGAGAAAGAUCGAGGCAUGUGGCCUGCUCAACUGCGGUACGCCGAGGACUACACCUGCGUCCCGUAUGUCCAUGGUGAGCCAAUGGGUGCUUGA